AUCCUAGAUAACAAAUGCUGACACGGAUUUGCGUAACAGCCGUGAAGUCAAGUGGUUUGUUGUUAGACUGUAUUGAUAUACUUUGCUAUGGAUUUCUGUUUAUUAACUGUUUUUAUGAUAAUGAUAUCAGGUAGAUUUGUAAGCGGCAACUACUUUAGACUGGACAUACGUGGGUCAGAAAACAGUUACCAGUUGGAAGUAGGCAACACUACACAAGGAUGUUGGGAGGAGGAGUAUACGGGAAUGCUGGUGGAGAACGUAGACAUAGAUUAUCGGCCAUUUCCUUUUUUUCGCCGUUCUAUGGCUGACUUGACAAAGACAGAAAGAAGAAGAGUGGAGUUGUACAUCAGAGACACAUGCAACGGUCUCAGGAAUUGUAGUCUUAUAAAAGAAAAGCUUCAGUUGAAAAGCAAAUACAUUCACAUUAAUGAAAUUAAAAUUAAAUACUCGUGCCAUCCUGUCGUUCCAGACAAUAAAAUCAUUUUCGACAUGGCGAAGGACUUCAGCACUUUACUUGAUCUAGCUAAUGCCAGUAGUAUUUACCUGGUGCUCCAGAGGCAAAUACUAGACGAAAAACGAACAUGUUGUAUAGAGGCGAACAACAUGUCUAUCGAUGUCAGACUGAUGAACAAGCCCUCUGCAUUAAUAGUACAGUAUAAUGGUGAACCUCGAUGCCUCGAUGACACAUAUUAUUUUCAUAAUAACAGGUUUUAUAAAAUGGACGAACUGUGUUUUCUGCAGAACAAUUUUAUGGAGCACAUUUGGGUUGAGCUCAAUGCUGCCAAUGAAAGCCGUAGCAUCACACUUUCAUGCAGGGACAGAAACAAUGUCGUCACAUCUAUGGACAAUUCUUUAGCGCAUUUAGAAAACCAAGAAACUGACCAAUCAAGAGUUAUAGAACAACAAAAGAUCGCCUUGAUUUGUGUUUCGGUCUUUGCUGUCGUAUUGAUUAUUAUCAAUACCAUCACGUGUUUCAUUUUUGGUUGUCGUCAACUAACGUGUAAAAGACGCCACAACGCUGAUGACUCGCUGUAUACUUAUGAUCUUCCUUAUAACAGCCCAAAUAGGACAGACACAAAACACGAAGAUGAACAUCCUUAUCAGCAAGCGAGCUCUGUGUCAGCAACAGCCGGAAAAGGCAUAUAUCACAAAAAAUAGAGGAUUAAAAACAUUCCUACAGACACAUUACUCCAAUUUAUGAUGAAGAUAAUUGUGUACAAUAAAAAUCUUCAUUAUUGAAUUUGUAAUCAAGUAUGUGUAAUGAUGGGGCUACGUUACAGCUGUAUAUUGUAUGCCCACUUAUCUUAAAUUACUCUAUUGAAUUUUUAUUUAAAAUCAUAUUACUUGUACUUAAAGCCUGUUCUUGAUUAGAGACAGAACAUUUUCUAUGAGUUUUUAGCCGUAUUUGAAAAUAGCUUCUAACUAGUUAUUCUCCCAAUACAAUUUUUUUUUAAUUAUUCGGGGAUUUUGUCUUCUGACAAAAUAUUUAUGAACAAAAUAUAUCAAUACAAAGUAUCAAAGACACAUAAUUUCAAGGCAAAUAAAUUAAGUAUAG